CUUCACUUGCAUUCUAAACCAGGGUUGUGGGUUUUCAAGUGUUGUCAUGGCUAAACAUGUGAUAUUUGGUGCGGUUUUGUUUGUGUUAUUAGGUAUAGGGAUCUGUUCCGCAAAUAGAGCUCUCCUCACUCUUGAUGGUGUGAUUUCCGGUGUUGGUCAUUUGGGUGGAACCGUUGGGGUUAAUGGUGGUGUUAGCAUAGGUGGAGGAGGUGGAGGUGGUGGUUCAGGAGGUGGUUCUGUAGCUGUAGGAGAAGGUGGAAGUAGUUUGGGAUAUGGAGGUGGUGGUGGUAGCGGAGAAGGUGGUGGUGUUGGUUAUGGAGGUGCUGGUGGACACGGAGGAGGUGGUGGCAAUGGAGGUGGUGGAGGUAGUGCAGGUGGAGGUGGAGCUUCAGGAUAUGGAAGUGGGGCUGGUGAAGGUGGUGGAGCUGGUAGUGGUGUUGGAUAUGGAGGAGCAGGUGGAUAUGGAGGUGGUGGCGGUAAAGGUGGUGGUGGUGGUAGUAGUGGAGGGGCACAUGGAGGAGGAUAUGGUGCUGGAGAAGGAGCCGGAGGAGGUUCUGGUGGGGGUGCGGGUGGUCAAGGUGGUGGCGGAGGUGGUGGCUCUGGUGGUGGAGGUGGUGGAGGCUAUGUUGAAGGAGGUGCUCAUGGGGGAGGAUACGGAGGUGGUAGUGGGAGUGGCGAAGGUGGUGGUCAUGGGAGCUAUGCUCCAUGAACAUACCUUAUCAUCACUAGUAGACUACACUAUGAAUAUGAAUUUUCUUACCAAAAGUAAUAACCAAAAUAAAGGAAAUGUAGGUAAGAAAAUCAAAAUGCUCAAAGCUAUUGUAAGAAAUUAUGGAAGCCAAAUAGAUGGCCUUACAAGUUGUAUCAGAUGAAUUUAUAUUUUCCUGCUCUCUUUAAUUAUAUAUGUGGAGAUAAUUUUAAUAU